UCCAGAGGACAGUGUCUCCAGCGCCGGUAUAAAAGGGACUGAAGCUCGUCCUGUUGUCCAGUCAACGUCAGCCAGGCAUUUCCAACUAUAUUUCAAUCAUCAAAUAUGAAAGUUUUACCGCUGAUGUUGGUGGUGGUGGUGGCCCUGGUCACCCUGAUGGGGUCAGCCCGAGCCAUGCCUGACCCCUACGCCCUGGCCGACCCUGACCCCGCUGCUGAACCACAGUUUGGAUUCGGACGUGGCUUUGGUGGUGGAUUUGGCCGUGGCUUUGGCGGGUUUGGCCGCGGCUUCGGUGGAUUUGGCCGCGGUUUCGGUGGAUUUGGCCGCGGCUUCGGUGGAUUUGGUCGCGGCUUUGGCGGAUUUGGCCGCGGCUUCGGUGGAUUUGGCCGAGGUGGUUUCUUUGGAUAAUCAAAUUUUUUGCUCCUCGAUAACACACAAAGAAAACGAUAACGCACAAAGACAAAAGAAUGUGUUGAAAGACACUAGCAAAGCAGCGAAGCCUCGUACCUUAGAAACCAUCAAGUGUAAACUCGAUAUCGUAUUGUCACAAGCAAGUGGGAGACUUAUCCUAGUGGGCUGAGUGUAUAUACACCACUGGAACUGGUCAAACACAUCACCCACAUCAACAGAUUCAUCUUAAACCUCCAGCAACUUAAUCCACCAACAACCUAAUCCACCAACAACUUAAAUCUAAAGUAACUUAAGUAUCAAGCAACAUAUACCUCAAGCAACUUUAAUCUUCAGCAACUGUGAUCUCAAAGUAUUUACAUCUGAAGCAAGUUUAACAGCAAGUAGGUUAUACUUCAAGCACAUUAAACCUUAAGUAAUUUUAACCUCAACAAACCUAUACCUCAAGCAACUUGAACCUUCAUCAGCUUAAAUCUCAGGUAACUUAAAUCUACAACAACUUAAUUUUCUAAUUAUAAUCACCAAUAAACUUCAGUUAUACAUAAGACAUUAAUUAGGCUCGAUGAAUCUCAUCAAACAAUUGUGUUCCGACGAUUGUUCAGCUGUGUUCACUUGAAUGUGUAAUGUGUUCAGUUGAGUGUUUAGUUGAUUGUUCAGUUUCAUACAGUUGAUUGUUUAACUGUGUUCAGUUUAAUUGUUCAGAAGGGAGAAAAUGUGAACUAUAUACAACAAAAAAUAAAUGCGUUGAAAUGAA